CCCUUGAGCUGGUGCGUUUCAGGGACCGGAGGAGAGUGACAGGUUUGGGCUGCGUGCCGGAUGCUCGCCAGCCUAAAGGACCUUGGGUUAUGGAGGCUCCUGCGCUGACCUCGCACGCGACCGGUUUUCCAGCUGAGGGCAGAUGCGGCUACUUUGUGGAAAAGAAGAAGCGCUUCUGCAAGAUGGUGGUGGCCGCGGGGAAGAGGUUCUGUGGUGAACACGCUGGAGCCUCGGAGGAAGAAAAUGCUCGGAAAAGAAUCUUGUGUCCUUUAGAUCCAAAACACACAGUAUAUGAAGACCAACUAGCAAAACAUUUGAAAAAGUGUAAUUCAAGGGAGAAGCCAAAGCCUGAUUUCUUUAUUCAGGAUAUUAAUGCAGGAUUAAAGGAUGAAACAGAAAUUCCUGAGAAGCUAGUUCCAUUUUCUUCUCUAUCUGAAGAGCAGUUGGAAAACUUAAUUAAGAAAUUGAGGAAAGCAUGUGAAGGCUUGAAUUCUACACUUGAAGAUCACAUUUUGUCCCAUCCAGCAUUACAUGAUGCCCUUAAUGACCCUAAAAAUGGUGAUUGUGCAGUCAAGCACCUGAAGCAGCAGGCUUCUAUUUUAGGUAACGUUGAAAAAUUAAAGUUACUUGGUCCAAGAAGAUGCUUUGUUGAGUUUGGAGCAGGAAAAGGGAAAUUAUCUCACUGGGUUGAUAUUGCUUUAAAAGAUGCUGAAAACGUUCACUUCAUCCUGGUAGAAAAAGUGACAACAAGAUUCAAGGUAGAUGGUAAACACAGAAAAAAGAACUCAGUGUUUGAAAGACUUCAAAUUGAUAUUCAACACUUGUGUUUGAACAGGGUUCCUGUGCUAAGAGAAGGAAGACUGCCUGUGGUAGGAAUUGGGAAGCAUCUGUGUGGGGUCGCAACAGAUCUUGCAUUACGAUGUUUGAUUGAAACCUACGCUGCCAGGUUUGAGGAAAAGAAUGAAGAACCUUUAGCCAAACGAGUAAAGAAUGAUGAAACAGAAAAAGAAAGUAACACUUUGGUCAAGGAAGGAAAUGAAAAAAAUGUCCCAGAGACACAGACCCCUGUGGCUGGCAUUGUCAUUGCCCUCUGUUGUCACCACAGGUGUGACUGGAGGCAUUAUGUGGGCAAAGAGUAUUUCAAGGCUCUAGGCCUUGGGGCAGUGGAGUUCUACUAUUUCCAGAGAAUGAGUAGUUGGGCAACAUGUGGGAUGAGGACAUCUUUGGAAGCCUCAGAUGUUUCUACAAAGAGAAAAGAUGAUCAGAAUGAUGAUAAUGAGGAGCACGAUGAUGGAGGAGAUAGACUCACAGACGGCAGCACUGAUAGUUUGCCUGGGAUUCUUACUGUUGAAGAAAAGAAGAAAAUAGGACAUCUUUGCAAACUGCUGAUUGACCAAGGCCGACUCCAGUAUUUACAGCAGAAAGGCUUCAGUCCUACCUUACAGUACUACACAGAUCCGUUGGUGUCUCUGGAAAAUGUAUUAUUAACUGCUGUGCCAACUCAUCUGUCAUCAUAGGACACAACUCAUUAAUGGAAGGAAACAUGGAUGUCACGUUUGUCUUCCUCAAACAAAGACAUUUAAAUUCUUUUUAACUUAUAUUUAUAGUUACAAAAAAUAUUCAGCAGGUUCUCAAAGUAUUCCUUUUCAGCAGGUCUCUUUAAAUUACUUUAUCCAUCAGAAUGUAUGGAGAUUGGCAUUUGAGUCAGACAGUUGACAUGGUCAUCUGAAACACAUAGAAUACAUCAGCACAUAAUUACAGUAUGAACUCUUUGUCAUUGAUCUAGUAAAUUUAUCUUUGGUUUGAAUUGAUAUUUUUCUUUUUAAGCUCCAGUUAUAAUAACCAGUGCCAAUUUGUAACAAGGAUCAACCUAAGUGUGGGGCUUUAUUUCAAUACAGGUCUCAAAAGAAUAAUUGUAAUUUACUUAGACACAGACAAAUUUAGAAAUACAGGAAUUGGUAAAUGUCAUCACCUUUGCAGUUCCAGAGCUGUACCUGUGUUCAUAUGUUCAGAGUCGGUCUGUGACACCAAAACCAAAGAGAUGAUUUUAAAGGAGAAAUAAUUUUUUUACUUUUAAGGUCUUUGUUAGAUAAUGAUCUAGUGCGAACUUCUAAAGAAUGUUGUUUGUAAACAUAAAUUACAAAUCAAAUUUGAAAGUUGCAUAUAGCUUCUAAAGUUAAUUAGGUACCUUCUAUCUUUUAUAUCUUUUAUAAACCUUUUUAUGUAUAACUGUAACUAUUAAAAAAUAAGUUCACUCAUGUUUGGAAAAAUAAUUUGUUUUUGUUUAUGUGUCCUGAGACAGGGUCUCACUGGUAAUCCUUGGCCACCUGGAACUCAGAGAUCUGCCUGCCUCUUCCUUCCAAGUGCUAGAAUUAAAGGCAUGUAUUCAUGCCAGGAGGAAAAGUAAUUUGGAUUAAAAUGCAAAUUAGAUAAUGAAACUAAAACUUCACAUGUAGGCCAUAGAUAACUAAUAAGUAGUCUGUGCCCAAGCAAACAUUAACUCAGGGCUAUUAAGAAGCCAAACACAUUUUUAAUACCUGGCCUUUCUGCGUUAGUUUAAUCUCAUAUGAUGGCACAUACUGUUAAUUCCAGUACUCAGGAGGCAGAGGCAGGCAGAUCUUUGUGGGUUUGAGGCCAGCCUAAUCUACAAAGUGAGUGCAAGAUAGCCAAGCAUGCACAGAGAAACUCUGUCUUGAACAACCAAAAACAAAUUGUCCUUAUGUCAUAAAUGUUAUUUGUGUCACAAAAUCUGUUUCGUAGCAUUUAAAAAUUUAUGCCCAGAAAUAACAAAUAUUCUACAGUGGGCAUAAUCUUGAUUGUGUUUCACACCCCAGAAUUAUACUGAUACAGUCCUAUGAGCCAUUUUAAUUAUAUGUUCUCAUAAUCAUUCUGAGUACAUUAGGGGGAAAUAAGUUUGUCGUUCAAAUGCUAGCCUAAAGAGAAGAUUACUGUUUUCCCAACCUUGUUUUUUUCUUGCCUCACAUAAGAAUGUUAAUGUGAGCUAAUGAGUGUUAAAUUGCAGUUUCUUGACUUCCAGGCUUUUCAUGCUUAGCAAGCUCCCUUGAACUUCACCUUCACAGUUACUGUAUCAUGCAUGUCCCACAGGUACAUCAAACUCACUCAGCUUCAGCCUCUCCCUCUUCAUCCUGUCCAUCAGCCAGCUUCAGUAUGUCAUCCCCCAGCAGGGGACUACCAUCCAGUUGCCCCAAACACUGUUUUCCAUAAUUACCCAUUCAAUCUCCUGCUUGACUGAUACUGUAUCCUCUCCUUUCCAAAACUAGGCCACAAACUGAGCAUUGUUGCUGAUCAUUCCCCAGCUUGUCAUUCACACUGGCUUCUUCUUGAGUGGACAUUCCUAAGCAUCCUCUGGACAUUGGGGAGGAUUCUCCUAGAGGCAAGGUUGUCCCUCUUCUCUCUGGUUGCACUCCUUCUCAGAAUAACUAUUUGGUGCAUGAAGUGAGCGAAAAUCUUCCUUUUGAAUCCAUAACUUUUUACAUUUGUAUUAAUUACAAAGCCAGUGGGCCAGCCUGGUCUACAAAGGGAUCUAAGACUACAGAGAGAAACCCUGCCCAAAAAAACCAAAGCAAACAGACAAACAACAAAGCCAGUGUUUCUGUUUCUAUACCAUUAUUUCACUGCUUGUAUUAAACAGAUAGUGCUCUUUGGCAUUUUCCUCUGGUUUUGUUUUUAUUUUAAAACUUUUCUUGAUUAUAGAAAUGUUUAAUUCUAAAUUAUGAGAUUAAGUGGUUAUAAUCUGUAUAUUAUGCCUCAUGUUCUGUGUGUUGAAUAAAGUCCAGGUUC